GCCCCACGCGGGCGCUCCCAGAGCCUCGGCGGCGGCGCCCGGCUCGGCAGCGAGGGGGACGCGGGCGGGGAACGGAGCUGCGGCAGCGCCGGGGCGCCGCGGGAGGAAGGCGGGAGCCGGAGCAGCGUCCCGCCCCGCCCCGCCCCGCUCCGCUGCGCUCUGCUCUGCUUAGUCCCGUUACGCUCAGCCCCGCUCCGCUGAGCCCAGCUGCGCUGUCGCCUCCGAUCGCCCCGCUGCCAUGGGGUAGGGGCGGCGGAGCGGGGGACGCCGUCAGGCUGUGGCCGCCGGCGGAGCGCGGAGCAGCGCCCCGCGGUGCCGGGGGGCGCGAGGGGCAGGCGCGGCGGGGCUGGCGCGGGAGGCCGGGCAGGGCAGGAGGCUGCCCCGGUGGGAGAGGCGGCGGCGGUGGCAGGCGGAGAGAUGAUCGCGGAGUUGUUGAGCAGCGCCCUGGGGCUCGCCCUGUACCUCAACACCCUGAGUGCCGACUUCUGCUACGAUGACAGUCGAGCUAUCAAGACAAACCAGGACCUUUUACCCGAGACGCCGUGGAUCCAUAUCUUCUACAAUGACUUUUGGGGGACACUGCUUACUCACAGUGGGAGCCACAAGUCCUACAGACCUCUCUGCACACUUUCCUUCCGCAUUAACCAUGCCGUUGGGGGAAUGGACCCAUGGGGCUACCACCUUGUAAAUGUCCUCUUACAUGCUGCAGUCACUGGCCUUUUCACAAACUUCUCCAGGAUUCUCUUUGGCGAUGGGUACUGGACCUUGAUAGCGGGCCUGCUGUUUGCAUCUCAUCCCAUCCACACGGAAGCCGUAGCAGGGAUUGUAGGGAGGGCAGAUAUUGGAGCCUGCCUCUUCUUUCUGCUUUCCCUCAUGUGUUACGUGAAGCACUGCUCUACCAGAGGUUCCUCACCAAGUACUUGGGGCUGGAUCUUGGGAGCAGGGCUGUGUGCAGGAUGCAGCAUGCUGUGGAAGGAGCAAGGAGUGACUGUUCUGGCCAUUUCAGCUGUGUACGAUAUCUUUGUAUUUCAUCGACUGAAAAUGCAUCAGAUCAUUUCUGCUUUAUAUGAGAGAAAGAAUUUGACCCUGUUCUUCAGCAUUGGUUUAUUGACCUCCUGGGGAACUGCACUGCUGGGUGUUCGCUUAUACUGGAUGGGCAACAGGCCCCCAAGUUUUUCUAAUUCUGACAAUCCAGCAGCUGACUCAGACAGUUUUCUCACACGUACCUUGACCUUCUUUUACUUGCCAGCCAAGAACCUCUGGCUGUUGCUGUGCCCAGAUACCCUCAGCUUUGACUGGUCUAUGGAUGCUGUGCCUCUUCUAAAAGCAGUCAGCGACUGGAGGAAUCUACACACUGUGGCCUUCUAUGCAGGACUCCUCCUCCUUGCCUACUUUAGCUUGAAGGGCUCCAGCAAUGAGAGGGAAUUCAAUGGGAAAACUGUAAUGAAUGGCAAGCAAAAUGCUAAUGGGCAUAGCUGUCACCCAGAGAUGGAGUACAAGACACUGGAGGUGAAGUCAAGCUUUGCAUCAAAAGAAGAGAAUGGCCUAAAAAAGCAUGAAAUUCAGAAACUGCAGCUUCCUUCAACUGAGAACAUUGUCAUUCUGUCUCUCUCUUUGUUAAUAGUGCCCUUCGUUCCUGCCACAAACCUGUUUUUCUAUGUUGGCUUUGUAAUAGCAGAGCGUGUGCUGUAUGUUCCUAGUAUGGGCUUCUGCCUGCUGGUUACAGUAGGUGUCAGGGCCCUUUAUGUCAAAGCCCAAAAGCGCUUUCUGAAGAACUUGGUUUUUUGUUCCACUGCUGCAUUAAUAGUUUUCUAUGGACUCAAGACUGUUGUCAGGAAUGGGGACUGGCAGAACGAGGAGAUGCUGUAUAGGUCAGGGAUAAAAGUAAACCCUGCUAAAGCAUGGGGUAACCUUGGAAAUGUUCUCAAGAGCCAGAGCAAGAUUUCUGAAGCUGAAAGCGCAUAUAGAAAUGCCUUGUACUACCGCAGCAACAUGGCUGAUAUGCUUUAUAAUUUAGGAUUACUACUUCAGGAAAACAGCAGGUUUUCAGAGGCAUUGCAUUACUAUAAACUGGCAAUUGGUAGCAGACCCACACUAGCUUCUGCUUAUUUAAAUACUGGUAUAAUCCUGAUGAACCAAGGGAAGACAGAGGAAGCCAGGAGGACUUUUGUGAAGUGUUCAGAGAUCCCUGAUGAAAAUCUGAAAGAUCCUCAUGCUCACAAAAGCUCUGUUACCAGCUGUCUUUAUAACUUAGGAAAACUUUUUCAUGAACAAGGACACUAUGAGGAGGCCCUUACGGUUUACAAAGAAGCAAUACAGAAAAUGCCAAGGCAGUUUGCACCACAGAGCCUAUAUAACAUGAUGGGAGAAGCCUAUAUGAGAAUGAGCCGGCUGCCUGAAGCAGAGCAUUGGUAUGUGGAAUCGCUGCGAUCCAAGAGCGACCACAUCCCAGCCCACCUCACCUAUGGAAAACUGCUGGCUCUGACGGGACGCAAGAGUGAGGCAGAGAAGUACUUCAUGAAGGCUAUUCAGCUGGAUCCUACCAAAGGAAACUGCUACAUGCAUUAUGGUCAGUUCCUCCUAGAAGAAUCUCGCCUGAUAGAAGCAGCUGAAAUGGCAAAAAAAGCCGCUGAACUUGAUAAUACGGAAUUUGAUGUUGUUUUCAAUGCAGCCCACAUGCUCAGACAAGCCAGUCUUAAUGAAGAGGCUGAAAAGUAUUAUGAAAUGGCAGCAGGAUUAAGACCUAAUUAUCCAGCUGCUCUAAUGAAUCUUGGAGCCAUUCUCCAUCUGAAUGGCAAACUGAAAGAGGCUGAAGAAAACUACCUCCUUGCUCUUCAACUUAAACCUGAUGAUGUCAUCACCCAGUCCAAUCUUCGCAAAUUGUGGAAUAUCAUGGAGAAACAAGGUCUGAAGACAUCCAAAACAUGAUGAUGAAAACUCUGAACUUCUUUUCCUUAAAGUGAUUAAACCCAAGAACUUGAACUUCCACACAGUUGUCAGGUCAGAGAACUUGCUGGACUUGACUGCAAGGAUCAGAGGUCCUAAUUGCUGCUAGGAGAAGCUAUUCUGCUAGAGAAGAAAAAAAAAAAAGGGAGACUUUGAGGGAUUCAUGAAGAACUUGUUACACAACAAAUGUAUUUGGAACAAUGGCACGUGAGAGAAGUUGUUUCGGUAUAUUUGAAAAAUAAUUGCAAAUCCCAUAUUGCUUACUUUUGGGGGGGGUACUUGAAAUGUAUACUGUCAUAGAAAUAGUAAGGGAAAAUCACACAGUAUACACUAAGCCAUAUGGGAGUUAAAGUGGUAAUAGUAGGUCAAAGUAUUUUGCUGAUACUGUAACUCAUUAAAAUGUGUACUAAAUCCAGUGUGUUUGCAGUUUGUCUUAAUGCUGCUGUAUCUCACUUUUGAACCACUUGCUAGCCAAUUUCACAGUUUAUAUGGCCCAUUUUUUUCAAAACUGUCACAUGAUUAGAUGACAGCAUUGCAAGUUGUUUACUGAGAAUAUGCCUGUUACUUCAGCUUGUUAACUAAUAAUGCAGUUUUCUUGAGAUACACAGUCAAAUUUCUGUGAGGUAGACAGAAUGACCAAGGAGCUGUCUGUAUUCUACAUCAGGUGUAGUAUGUAGGCUGGUAAAAAAAAGACCAGAGGUGUGAUUUAGUAAUACAAACAAGAGAGAUGUUGGCCCUGAUACCAAAUCAGUGUGGUCAGACUGUCAUCUUAGAAAAAAAUAAUUGGUAUUAUAGAAUAAUGUGUUUGACUCUCUUUACUUUGCUAUCAGAUAAGUCCUACUUUAAAUUGGACUCUGCAUAUUAUGUUUCCACAAUUACUAAUUAAAAUGGGAUUUGAAAAUAUCAGUGGGUAGGCUAAAAUGAGACUUCAUGAGCAACUCAGAGAAAAGGGAAUGUUAUGCAUUGAUGAGGCUAGCAAAUAACUGAAGGGACUCAAUUUGAUCGUGCUUAAAAUAGUGUAGAUUGAGAGGAAUCAGUAAUGGUGGUGCCAGUUACUUUUCAUAUUGUUGGUGUUUUAAACAAACCUAUCCAGAUUCUAACCAAAUAUUAGCAUUCUGUUUGUAUUCUGACACACACUAGCAGCACAGCUGUCAAAUAUCUAAAUACGCUUUUGGUGAGGUUCAAUUUAUUUCUGUUUCAGAAUGAUUUAGCCUCAUUACUGUUUUAGUCUUCAGAUCUUAAAUGUAAGAAUAAUUUAUUUUAAAUCGAAGUAUAUGAAGCUUUAGUAAUUCUUUUUUCCAGGCCAUUUGUUAACUGCUUGCUUUCUUUGGAAUAAGUGUUAUUGUUUGUAAGAAAAUUUUCUAUUUCAUCUAAUGGCCCUUUGGUAUCUGCUUCAGUAUUCCUUUCAUAAUGAUAGAUAAAAUGUUAAAGUGGUAGAGCACCUUGAACUGAAGCUUCUUCAGGAUCUUCUGUUAAAAACUCUUUAUUACUGAAAAGGGAUUUGGGGUUUUUUAGUUUAUGUAUUCCUUUUUAACUGUUGAGCACCAUUCCAACAAAAAUGUAGAGAAGAACACCUUGCUGUAUUUAUUUAUUUAUUACUUGACUGCAGCAAUGUUACCUGCCAUUAACACAACAGUCUCUAAGUGUUGCUAUUUCCUUUAUUUGGUUUCACUUGCAUUUGUUUUGUGGUUAUUGUAUGUACCGAAUGGGAAAGGGAACACUUGGGUUAUACUCCACCUUCUUGGUCAUUCUACCCUUACACUUGGAUUUUAAAUCUGUAUUGAAAUAGAUUGGGGAAUAGCUGUUUCAAAGUCAGUAUAGUAGAAAAACUGUAGUUAUGUGUAUUUCCUUUUCUUUCCUCUUGCUCACUAAAAUACCGUAAGUUGCUAAGUUUACAACUGGCCCACCAGAAGGGCCAGAGGGGCAAGAUUGUUUGGUUUUGUGGAGUGUGUCAAGUUUUUCUCAAAUGAUGUUCUUGCUGGAAAAGCAAAAUUGAAGGAUCAAAAGUUGAAUUUCUACUUGAUUGUUGAAACCAGUGUUAGAAUACAAUGGUAGCUUGAACUUAUUCUCCUGCUUUACUGACUUUCUGGGAAAAGAUAUAGAAAUAGAUAGUAACUGUAACUGAGCUUGGUAUAGAACUGUGGUAUCCUGCAGCUUUAUUUGCUCAACAGCCAUCAAACUUUGAUGGCUUCUUGGUCUUAAUCAUUCACCAGGUUAUUUGUCUCCUUCAACUUGUACUUAUUCUUAUUUGGUAAUUUUUAUUCAUUGCACAAAAAGGGGGAAGAGGGGAGCACUCCUGUGAUACAGUGUCAUGCUUGCUUUGAUAACUGGUUUUGUUUGUUUCUUUAAAGAAAAAACAAAAGAAAAGGAAAAGAAAAAAGGACUACCAUAAAUUUACCAAGAAUGUCCCUGAAUACAUUUUUUUAAUAUAGGUCUGGGCUUGAUAACUUUCUUCUUUUGGGAUAAAUUUAAAACAUGUUUAAAAUAUGUCUCUCUGCUCAGGGAUUUGUGGUGGAUUAUUGCAGACAGUGCUAAAAAAAGAAAAAGAAAAAAAGAGCACAAGACAAGUUUACUAAAUUAAAAUUUUUAUUUUUUGAAAAACUGUUAUUUGUAUAAAUUAUCAGAUUUGUAGGCUUUCCUUUUUGUAGAAAUAAUUGUUUAUGUGCCAGAUAAAAGAAUUUCAAUUUUGUUUUCAAUAAUAAAGCAUUGAUAACUAAUACCCUGUGU